GUCGUGAGAGGUGGUUGUUGUAGGUUGUGUUUUGUGCCUUACGAUUGUUUGUAGUACUUUAGAUGUAAAUAUGUGCCUCGCAGACUUCUAAAACAGUCUUACUGUCGUCGAAAUUUCAUUUGCUUUUUUUGUUGCAGUCUACUGUUAGGUGUUACGUGACAGUUUUCGCUGUGAAAAGAAAGCUACAGGAUGGCUAGCGUUACAUAUCAUUUUAGAGAUUGUUUCAGGGUAAUAAAUAAAGAAGCUCUGCAUUGGUUUCCUGGCCACAUGGGAAGAGGGCUGAAGCAAAUGCAACAGAAGUUGAAAUCAGUAGACUGUGUCAUUGAAGUACAUGAUGCUAGAAUACCAUUAUCAGGACGUAACCCAGAUUUCAAACAUACGGUUUGCGGUCUGAAACCACAUAUAUUGGUGCUGAACAAGAAAGACUUGACAGAUAUGAGUUACAGCUCUAAAGUGUUAGCUCGACUGAAGCAGGAAGGUACACCAGACGUGCUGUUCACAAACUGUAAAGACGCGAAGUGCAACGGCGUGAAGAAGAUAAUUCCAAGAGCAUGUGAACUCAUUUCGAGCUCAAACAGAUACAAUCGGUCAGAGACUAGUGAAUACAGUAUCAUGAUUGUCGGCGUUCCAAAUGUUGGAAAGUCGUCACUUAUAAACACGUUGCGUAACAGAUUUCUUGGCAAGUCUAGUGCAGCUGCAGUAGGUGCAAAGGCGGGAAUCACGAAGAGUGUUCAGAACAUUAUUAAAGUCAGCGAAGAACCAAAAGUGUAUCUUAUUGACACGCCUGGCAUACUUACCCCAUCUAUUAGAGAUGUGGAAGCAGGCCUUCGCCUUUCACUGUGUGCAAGCCUGCAGGAUCACCUGGUGGGGGAAGAAAUUAUCGCGGACUAUCUUCUCUUCUGGUUGAACAAACACCGACGCUUUAAUUAUGUAGAGCUCAUGGGUCUCCAAGAACCUUCAGACAACAUAGGCACUGUGUUGACUCAGUGCGCCCUGAAGUUGGGUAAAACUUUAAAGGUAAGGAAUUAUGAUGGACAGUACAUAUACAAGCCAGAUAUGACAUCUGCCGCAGCAUUUUUUUUAAAGGCUUUUAGGAAGGGUGAUCUGGGAACAAUAAUGUUGGACGAAGAUCUUGUACUGGGCACUGUAUCGUGAUAAAUGUCUUCCUGCGUAUACCUAGUAAAUUUAAAAGUUAGAUGAGUAAUCUGAUUGCCCAGUUACAAUUGAUCCACAUCCAUACUCUGCAAACCACUGUGAAGUGCAUGGCACAUUUCUUUUGAAACACGUGACUCUCUCGAAUUAUAGAAAUGGCUAAUCUCAAAAGGCCUAUGAUACGAUGCACAUCAGUCAUACGGGCUAUUUAAAUUGUAGUGUGUUACAAAAGACAGUUGUUUUUUCUUUACUCAUUCUCACUCAGCAAUUUAUAUGUACAGAAGACUGAAGCAUGCAUACAGUACGAAAACACUUUUGGUCAUGCCAAAUGUGUAACUUAAAGACUGAACACUAAAAUUUAGAUUUUAGAUUUUUUCUGUCCUCUGUUGCUCCAUAGCCAAGGGGCUCAAACUUACCUUUUUUCUGUGUUUUUGCCACAUCAACAGACAGUUAUUAACUUAAUUUUUCUGUAUGGAUACUAUUCCCUUUUGUAUUCUGUUUUACUUAACUUUUUGGAAAUAUAUCAGGUGUUUUUCGUUAUUUGUAUAACUGGUUAAGUGGUGGAAGUUUUUGGUACAAUUUAAUUUCACUUAUAACUAAAAAUAUAACAACUGAAGAUAUCUGUAUGCAACUGCCUUUUGUUCAGAACUAGAACAUAAUAAUUUAAAUUCAG